GGCGGCGGCGGCGGCGGCGACGCUUCCUGCGGGCGCGGCCGCUGUGGGCGCGGAGCCGCGAGCGAGCGAGCGAGCGAGGCGGAGCCGGCGGCCGAGGAGCCGAGCGCAGGUCCCGCGCAGCCCGCGCCGCGAACAAAGGCCGCCAUGAAGCCGGGGCCGCCGCGUCGCGGGGCCGCACACGGGCCGCGCGUGGACACCACCACCCACGCGCCCGGGGCCCGCGGGCUGCUGCUGCCACCGCUGCUGCUGCUGCUGCUGGCCGGCCGCGCCGCAGGGGCUCAACGCUGGCGCAGCGAGAACUUUGAGAGGCCUGUGGACCUUGAGGGCUCAGGGGACGACGACUCAUUUCCUGAUGAUGAACUGGACGACCUCUACUCGGGGUCAGGCUCCGGCUACUUUGAGCAGGAGUCUGGCCUGGAGACAGCCAUGCGGUUCGUCCCUGACAUGGCCCUGGCUGCACCCACUGCGCCUGCCGUGCUACCCACGACAGAUAUUCAGCCCGUGGACACCUCGUUUGAGGGGCUCCUUUCAGAGCACCCCAGCCCGGAACCAGUUACCAGUCCCCCUCUGGUAACAGAGGUGACAGAAGUCCUGGAAGAACCCAGCCAGAGAGCCGCCACCAUCUCAAUCACCACAUCUACCACCGCUGCCACCACUACAGGGGCCCCUGCUAUGGCCACAGCACCUGCCACAGCAGCCACUACUGCCGCUAGCACGCCUGCGGUACCCCCUGCCACAGCCACCACUGCUGACGUAAGGACCACCAGCAUACAGGGGCUGCUGCCUCUUCCCCUGACCACGGCUGCCACAGCCCAGGCCACCACCCCAGCAGUACCCUCACCGCCAACUACUGUGGCUGCCUUGGACACCGAGGCCCCGACACCUAGGCUGGUCAGCACAGCUACCUCGAGGCCACGAGUCCUUCCUCGGCCAGUCACCACCCAGGAGCCUGAUGUUGCUGAGAGGAGUACCCUGCCACUGGGGACCACUGCUCCUGGACCCACAGAGGUGGCUCAGACCCCGACUCCCGAGUCCCUUCUGACCACCAUCCAGGAUGAGCCAGAGGUGCCUGUGAGUGGGGGGCCCAGUGGGGACUUCGAGCUGCAGGAAGAGACCACACAGCCCGACACAGCCAAUGAAGUGGUGGCUGUGGGAGGAGCCGCAGCAAAGCCCUCACCUCCACCAGGGACAAUGCCCAAGGAUGCCCGCCCAGGCCCUGGCCUCCACGACAACACCAUCGACUCAGGCAGCUCGGCUGCACAGCUUCCUCAGAAGAGCAUCCUAGAGCGGAAGGAGGUGCUCGUAGCUGUGAUCGUGGGUGGGGUGGUGGGCGCCCUCUUCGCCGCCUUCCUGGUCACACUGCUCAUCUACCGCAUGAAGAAGAAGGACGAGGGCAGCUACACCUUGGAGGAGCCCAAACAGGCGAGCGUCACGUACCAGAAGCCUGACAAGCAGGAGGAGUUUUAUGCUUAGCAGAGCCACAGUGCCUCCUGCAGCCACCUUGCUCAGUCCCUGGCCCCUACAACAGCCCAGGCCUGGGAAGGAGCCUGGCCCUGCUUCCUUCUGCCCAGGCUGCUAGUAUAACACAGAUGGUCCUAAGGAACAGGGGCACUACCAUCUGCCCCAGACUGUGCCCUUAUGAGCUCUUCUCUAGUCCUACUCCCUCCAGCCUGGGGCUUCAGGAUCUUGUGUCCCAUGGACAACAGGAAGGAAGCCCUGGGUUGCUAGAAUAAACAGGGCCAGGGCCAGGGCUAAGAUGGCCCACAGUGCUUGCUGAUGUCCUCUUCUCGCUACAGAGGCCACCAUGCUAGCUUCCCGUACCAAUACAUGGCACAUUUAGUCCCCUAAAUCAAAAUCAUCCAGAUGCUGCAGCCUUGAGCUGCUGUUCCAAGGUCUUUCUGGACAUGAGGGUGUCCUUUGUCACCAGCCUGAGCUCUUUAUGGGGUCACUGUCCCCUCUCCCCUGCCCAAUGCACUUGUCCCCAGGCUGCACCUCUUUCUGCAUUGCCUCCCAGGGAAAGGGCUUCCUCAGUGCAUAGGGCAGCCAGUGGCGAGGGAGGCCGCUCUGGUAUCCCUCUUGAGGGGAUGCCACAUAGCCUCUGUCAACCACUGCUAUACAUCUGUUACAUGUUCACACAGGAGACAAAAACAUACCCAGUGUCAACCACCCAGCCAGUGAAACAUCACACCCAUGCACCUCCUUCACACAGUGCUGAGACACCCUGAUGCUUCCGCCAUGCAGGCCACUGUCGUCAUCGCCAGUGGUGAUCAUGCCACCUUCCUCCCACUCUGUCUCUUUACACACAUACUUUGGUCCUGCACCUGGCUCCUCUAACCAUCUGGGUCACAGGGGAAGGCAGGGCCAAGUUGUAGACAUCAGCCCAUAUUGGGUCCCCCAGAGUCACCCUAUUCCACUUGGUCCCCACCAUGACACCUACACCAGCCGCACUGACGCUGAUCCCAGUUGACAUCAGACACAAUCCCACACAGAUGCAGUCUCCCUCCUCACUGUGGCUCACAGAAAGGGAGGUUUGGGGCUAACCCCCACCAGCCAAGUCUGAAGAAAGAAGGCUUGAUGCCCCAAGCCAGGCUGAAGGCUGGGAAGGGAGCCAGGAUCUCCCAGGACCAAGGAGCUGUGUGGGUUGUCCCUGGUCUCCGUGUAUCUCCUUUCUACUCUGAGCCAGGAGCUGUCUCUGCCUCCCAGGACACAUGUCUCCAAAGUGCCUGUGAGGGUGGGCCUCCGCCCAGGCCCUCUGUGUCCCCUGCCCUGGCCUGGUGAGGCCAACCUCAGGCCUACCCACCCUGUGUCCUCCCUAUGGACAUAACUGACCAAGCAACUUGUCAGUUCUGGCUACAACUGGGUGAUCAUGACAGGCUCAUCCUAAUGCUGUAGGCCCUGAGAAAAGUUGAUGGGGACAGGGGUGUCACAGGCCCCAAGUCUACCUUCCUGUCUUUGUUACCUUUAGAAGUGGGGUCGUUUCAGAGAUAUUUUAAUGUUGGGAUCACCAUUCUCUUUUGGGGGAGGGGGUAUGCGUGAGAGCUGUCAGCACCAAAAAGGCAGACCUUAGGUUAUGAUUGGCCGGCUCCCCACACCCCCGUCUCUCACACAUGUCCCAGGUUCAGUCAGGUGACCACCUGUUAUUUCUGUUUCAUUUUUAAGAGUCCUCAACAGCAGACUUGGCCAGAAUGAGGAUCCACAUCUGGGCAAUGGAGGCAGUACCUAGGCAAUCAGUAUAGCUUGUCUUUCUGGGCUGGGAUGUGUCUCACUGUCAGGCUCCGCUCUGUCUUCCAGACCCUAUGACUCCCUUGAUGGGGCUUAGAGUUUUGUAAGGACAGCAGCUGGCCCAGAAUUCGAGGAGGGAAAGGGGUGAGAGUCCUAGGCCCCUGGAGGAGGGAGCCUGGCCAAGGUCUUCCCAGAAGCAGGAGAGCUGGUGCCCAGUUGCUACCCCUGCUCCCUGGUGUGCUGCUCUCCUGGGGACUGGAGCUUUGGUGGGGAGGCGUGGGAGAUGGGGGAGACGGCCUCCAGGUGCUCAGCCCAUGGGGACACCAGCACCAGGGCAGGAGACCCCAGCUUCUGUGCUGGGUUGGAACCCACUUGUCACAUCUCAGGGUGGCGCUGGCCUUGGGGCUGUGGGUUUGGCCUCCUGAUGGCAGCACUUUUCUGUGUCCUCAGCAUUUGAGAGAAGAGGCUGUGGGCCUUGUGUAUGGGGCACAGGCCCCAAGGCCAAUGUCUAGGCUUUGUGCCCAUGAAAUUUGACCCGAAGGUUAACGGUGUGAGCAGCCCAGAUACACUGGGCCAGCAUGAUGAGGCCAGGACGAUUUAAGAGAGCUCAGUUCAAAGGGUGAACUGAGGCUCUUCCUAGUGCAAUGCAGGUGCAGGAUCCCCACCCUGCCCCAGAAACAGUGCGGUACAUGCAGAGCCCGCCCAAAUGACUCCAGAGACACCUGCAUGCUCCUGGGCAGGUGUUCAGGACACCGGCAUGCCUGGAAGCAUAGUGCUUUCUGAAUGAGAGGAGUUGAUGUGUCUCGGACCUUUCCAGGCCCUGGUUUCCCAAGAGAGCAAGACAUGCUGAGGCCAGAGAGCCGCAAAGCGAGGCUUUGUCUCUCUUGGGGGGCCAGAUUAGGGACUCUAUGUGCAAGGUUGAUCACUUUUAAUUGCCAGAGGCAUGUGUGGAUGACAGCCAGGACUGGCUGGCUGGGCAGACCUUCAGCAAGAGGUUAAGAUGCUGGCCUCCCGGCUGGGGCUUCCACAGAGGGCGGAGCCAACAAUGCUUUUGGGGCAGGGUAGGUGGCUGCCUAGACUGACCUUGCUUUCCCCUGGGAUGUGCCUCCCUAGCCUUGGUGUCUGUAAAUAGAAGCCCACACUGUACAGAUUUUCAGAGAUGCCCAAAGUGGGCAUCACUUGGAGUCACCAUCUGAGGGGCUGGUGGCCUGGCCUCCCCCAAGUGCCCUUCGGGUGCCUGGGUGUGCCUGGCCCUAGCAUGGUGAAUGCAUGUAAAUACUUUUCGUAGACAGUGUGGCUCCAGAGAGCCCCCUGAGACAGUGCCCCCCCCCGCCACUGGUUCAUUCUCUCUUCUGUACAGAGCCCUCCCAGCCCCCAGGCAACUAGGAAUGGGGGUUUCCUCCCCUCCCCAGGCUCCUCCUACCCUUUCUUUCCCUAUAACCUGUUUAUUAACCAUCCCUGCCCUGAGUUCAUGGCCAAAACUUAAAUAAGAAAUGGAGGAGAGACAGUUGGAUAAAGAUACCAAGGCCCUGUCCACCCCACCAUGGGUGCUCACCCACCCCUGCCUUGGGAAGGAUGCGGCUUGCUUUGUUUUGUUUUUUGUUUGUUUUGUUUUUAACAUUUCCCUGUGCUGUGCCCAUUUAUAAGAGGAAAUAAAAUUAAGCUAAAAAGA